ACUGAAUCCAUCAGGUUUUUCUCUACAGAACAGCAGAAUCUCUGCCAAACCCUGAGUGUGGAUAUGUCUGCUGCCAGCUGUCUGCUGACUGAAGAUCAGUUUCUGUGCUCCAUCUGUCUGGAUGUGUUCACUGAUCCAGUCAGCACACCAUGUGGACACAACUUCUGUAAAACCUGCAUCACUCAACACUGGAAUAUUAAUGUCCCGUAUCAGUGUCCCAACUGUAAACAGAUUUUCUACUCAAAACCUGAGCUGCAGGUCAACACUUUCAUCUCUGAGAUGGCUGCUCAGUUCAGACAGUCAGCUCAACAGAAAGCCAGCAGCAGCAGCUCAGAGCAACAAGCUGCCAAACCAGGAGAAGUUCCCUGUGACGUCUGCACUGGAACCAAACUGAAGGCCCUGAAGUCCUGCCUGGUGUGUCUGGCCUCCUACUGUGAGACUCACCUGGAGCCUCAUCUGACAAUGGCAGGCCUGAAAAGACAUCAGCUGAUCGACCCUGUGGAGAACCUGGAAGACAGGAUGUGUACGAAGCACGAUAAACUGCUGCAGCUGUUCUGUAAGACCGACCAGAUGUGUGUCUGCAUGCUCUGCACUGUUUCAGACCACAAGACACAUGAUGUUGUUCCUCUGAAAGAAGAAUAUGAAGGAAAGAAGGCCGAGCUGGGGAAGACAGAGGCUGAAACUCAGCAGAUGAUCCAGAAGAGACGACUGAAGAUUCAGGAGAUCAAACGCUCGGUGGAGCUCAGUAAGGAAGAUGCAGACAGAGAGAUAGCAGGUGGUGUUCAGGUCUUCAGCGCUCUGAAGGAGUCUGUUGAGAGAAGCCAGGCCGAGCUCAUCGACACGAUCAAAGAGAAGCAGAGAGAGACAGAGAAACAGGCUGAAGGCUUCAUCAAAGAGCUGGAACAGGAAAUCUCUGAGCUGAAGAAGAGAAGCUCUGAGGUGGAGCAGCUCUCACGCUCUGAAGACCACCUCCACCUCCUCCAAAGCCUCCCGUCCCUGAACGCUGCUCCACCCACCAAGGACUGGACAGAAGUCAGC